AUGGUGACCGGAACUCUAGCGAUCUACCACCGCCUCCGCCAGUGGUGGAUCCGCGUUACCGCCGUCGUCUCCGGCGCUAUUCUCUUCAUCGCUUUCCUACUCACUCUCACUUCUUGGUUCCUCAACCCUAGCACUGAGGAACCUCAGUCUUUGAUCCCUUCAGGAUCCAAUCUCGUCGAUCUCACUCUCAUCAGAAACGCAGACGAGAAAGGAGCUGUUUGCUUGGAUGGGAGUAGGCCGGGGUAUCAUCUGCAGAGAGGAUUUGGAUCUGGCUCCGAUAGUUGGGUUCUUCAUUUAGAGAGUGGAGGUUGGUGUGACAGUGCAGAUUCAUGUUCUUAUCGCCAAGGGACACCACUGGGGUCUUCACACUACAUGGAACUGCAAGCUUCCUUUGUUGGAAUUUUAAGCCAAGCUCCAUCUGAAAACCCUGAUUUCUAUAACUGGAACAGAGUCAAGAUACGGUAUUGUGAUGGUGCAUCAUUUUCUGGCGACACAGAAGUUCAAGCCAAGAGUGGAAGAAAACUCUUCUUCCGAGGCCAGCGGAUUUGGGAAGCAAUUAUGGAGGAACUACUAUCAGAGGGACUUGGAAAGGCUAAGCAGGCUUUUCUUACUGGAUGCUCUGCUGGUGGUCUUGCGAUUUACAUACAUUGUGACAGUUUUCGUGCACUUAUGCCUAAGGAGGCUAAUGUUAAAUGCCUUGGGGAUGCUAGUUUUUUCCUUGAUGUAAAGGAUGUUUCUGGGAAAAGAACCAUGCAAUCUUUCUAUAAAGAAGUUGUCAGACUUCAGAAUGUGGGGAAGAACCUGCCAGCUGAUUGUACAAAAAGGACCGAACCUUCACAGUGUUUCUUUCCUCAUGAGCUUAUCAAGACAAUAAAGACCCCACUUUUCAUUCUCAAUUCUGCUUAUGAUUAUUGGCAGAUACAAAAUGUUCUGGUACCAGAAGAUUCUGAUCCUCGAGGGCACUGGCUGAGGUGCAAGAAGAACAUUCAUAAUUGUCAUCCGAAUCAGAUUGAAAUACUGCAGGGUUUCAGGACAUCAUUGCUUCAUACCUUGAGUGAAUUUCAGCACAAGAAGGAUGCGGGAAUGUUCAUCAAUUCUUGCUUUGUACACUGCCAGACAAUGAGCAAUGUCACAUGGCACUCUCCAAAGUCACCUAAAAUCAACAAUAGGACAAUUGCAGAAGCAGUCGGAGACUGGUACUUUGGCAGAAGAGAGGCAAUAUAUGUGGAUUGUCCAUAUCCCUGCAAUCCUACGUGUUACCAUAGGAAUUUCAACUGAAGUUUGAUGGAAGAAAUCGAGGUUUAACUUUCGAGCAUUUGAUUCUUUUCUAAAUGCCUUUAGUAAGCACAAAUACUUCAAUAUGGUGCGGUGCAUAGAGAUAGAAAGAGCUUACUUCAAUCUGUUAUAAAUUAUGUACAUUGCUUUAUGAAGCUGUAAAAAUGCAAUAUGUAUGAAUAGCACUUGUUUAUAGCUUGAGAACGUGAAAAAAGAUUCUUUGAGUUAUUGUAUUCAAAAGUUGACACUUUUUCCACAUUAUUUGAUAUUAUGAAUGUUGAACU